AUGGCCCGGGGCGCGGCGGGCGUCCCCGCGGCGGCCACACAGCAGCGCCGCGCGCGCUCAGCGCCCGCGGGAAGCCGGGACUUCUGUCAGGUCCGCGAGCGGAAGCGCGCCUCCCCUCAGAGCCGGCGGCGGGGGGCGGCUAGACGCGCGGGAUGCUUAUCGCUCGGGCGGGACAGGGGCGGGGAGGGCUCCCACACAAACCCGCGUCAGUCAUCGUCCGGAACCUGCGAAAAAUAG